GGAAGGGGUGGGUGGUAGUGCAGGGAGGGCGUAGCCUCAUCCCCGUGGACCCCGGGGUGGGCACCCCUCUCUUCGCAGGGCGCGCGGCGAUGUGAGCUAUGAACGCGGCGUGGACACUAUCACCGGAGCCGCUGCCGCCAUCGACGGGGCCCCCGGUGGGCGCAGGCCUGGACGUCGAGCAACGUACGGUGUUCGCCUUCGUGCUCUGUCUGCUCGUGGUGUUGGUUCUGUUGAUGGUGCGCUGUGUGCGCAUACUGCUAGACCCCUAUAGCCGCAUGCCCGCCUCGUCCUGGACCGACCACCGGAGCCGCUGCCGCCAUCGACGAGUCCCCCGGUGA